AGAGCCUUGAUAUAAUUUAUACAAAGAAGUUUAUAGUACAUCAUAAGAUAACAUAGUUUUCAGACGGAUCAAUUGGAUUGUGCGGCUUUAAUUCAGUAUGUGCCGCUACAGUACAGCUAUGGUGAGACUAACCCUAACUUUGAUAUAUUCCCUGUUGAUUUCAUUGGAGGUCACCAAGGCGCUUAUUCUCCCUGCAUAUAACCUCAGAUCCGCCUCUAACCACAAAGUUAUGGCGCUCUCAGGAGCCACAGAUGGAAAAGCAGUGUUAGUGUCACAAGAACAACCACUGUCCCUUAAUGUGUGUAUCAGGAAGCAGUCCAUGGUACGACUGGACGAUGUCAGGUUUUCUAAUUAUAAUUACUCCACCUUCUUCAACGUGACCUUCAAUAGUGGAGAAUGGAUGGGAACAUUCUAUGUGAGACCCGGUAUGGAUUGGAACCGGUUCAAGAACACGGGGAUAUUUCCACACAGAUACACUCUGGAACCCGGAUGGCACGUCAUCAAGAUUUACGUCAUGGAUUAUUUCGGCUACACGGAAGGCAUUGCUGUGGAUACUUUACAGUUCAGUGUAGAUGACCCAUGGAUGGACAAUGAUAUUUUAUCGUGCAAAACAAUAUGCACAGAGAAAAAUAGGUUCCCCGUACGAUCUCCGUCCUCUUCCGAGAACGCAUUGCCUUCUGGGAUAGAACAGAGAUCGUUUUCGACUAAGUGUGCAGAAGUUGAUAACAUUGACAUACCCCUGUACAACGCUCACGUUGACAGCUUCACGAUUACGGCUUCACUUCCGCAGUAUAAAUCCUUCUCCAACAGAAGGGAAGAGAACACCACAAACUGCCCUCAUCUAAGUCCAGAAUUGUGGCGAUUCGAUAACUUUAACGUCAGUUCCUCGUCUGCCGAAAUAAUCAACAAUAAGGGCGCCAGAAUGUCAUUUUAUUCAACGUCUUCAAACGAAGUUUAUAUCAUCGUUCGUUUCUUUCUGGAGGGACAAAAGAAGGGGAGUGUGGAUGCAAAAAUUGGAUCGUUAUUAACUCUUCACUUAAAGACCCUUACAGCUCCAACAAUGAUAAAAUUGCGGUAUAAAGAAAAAUGGGGUAAUCUGUCCUUACCGAUUACACAUAAUUUUACACAUCAGAAUCUGCAAUUCACAUGGACAAUCCCAGACUUUACAUGGACGGAAGACAGCCUUAAUUACAUCAUUUUAACAGCAGAGUCAGAAAAUCUUGCUCUCUUGGUAAAUCAUUUGCGUCUGGAGAAAAGAGCAUUCAAGCCCGAGAAGCACGUGACCAUCUACAAGAGUGAUGACGUACACAUUGUAGCUGUUUACGUAGAAAUGUGGUGGCUAGCCCCGGACAGAAUGACUGUAUACCUCACUAACGGACAGACCUACGAAGACGUUGCUUAUCUACAGAUCUACAGACCGAUUCCAUGGAACAAUGGGUAUUCUCAGGUUCUAGUUUUGUACCAGGACGGAAAUGCCCGAUUCAUUCCGGUGACUCCCGAAGGACUUGACUGGAUCCCAUUUGGUACAUCCGUUAUUCUUGGACAAACGUACAGUGAUUCAAUAAGACCUUAUACUUCCAUAAAACAGCUUAAUAUAGACCCUGAACGAUGGACUAUGCGAAUCUUUUUUAAAGAUGGAGGUUCGAUGCUAAUGAAAAUUAACAGUACUUACAGUGAAACUCAAGCUCAUGUGUCUGAAGUUUUCUUCACAAGGGACAGAUAUACACUUCCGUUUGCCACUGUACGGUCAAUGUAUGUGUCUGAAGGUAAUACUGAUGUGGAUAGUGUCAAGGUCGACGAUAAAGAGACCUACCAUAUAAUGGACCAAUGGGGCUACGUUCAAGGAAGGAGCUUCGCAUUUUAUCGCAGUUGUAUAUCCAGACACUUAACACUUAGUCCCGACAUCCAAAUUGAUGUGUUUAAAACCAAAAUAUCGUGAAAGAAAGAUUCUUAUUAUAACUAAGAAAUAAUUAUAGUUUGAUGAUUUCCUGAGAAAAUGCUCAGUAUUGGACGUUAGUGCUACUUUUUAAUUGAGAGCAAGACGCAUGGGGUGUUUCAUCUGCAUACAAGUUGAUCAACGGAAUAAAGAUUGAAUUUGAGUGAAGAAAACUAUUUGUUGUACAGCUCUUAAUACAACGAUUCUUCUAAGGAACGGAAUCUUCCUAUCAUUGUACAGAGUCAUGCAAAUCUUAACAUUGUGAUGCUAUCAUCUUAACGCUUUGGUCGUAUCAAUAAAACACUUUCACAUAAUUAUCACCACCGCUGUACAAAUAUCAUAAUGGAGACCUUAACAUUUUAGUUUUGUCCCACCAUGAUUUUAUCGAGUCUUAGUGCGAUCCUCUGGAUGUACAAAUGAUCUAACCAAUGUGUUCUAUAGAAGACAUAAUACCAAUAUUACAAUCAUUGUGGGAACAUUAACAUAUUGAACCCAAAAUUGCACACUUCUUAAGAACCCUCUCUACACUGCACACUAAAGAGUUCUGAUUCUAAGGUAUUUUUCUGCAGUUAGAGUGAUCUGCCCUUAGAUCUAAAUUCUAAAAAAUAGAAAUUUACAAUAUAUUACUCAAUUUGUAAUAAAUUCAAGUAUUCUGAAUAUUUUAAAAGGCCAAGAUAAACUAAAUGAACAUGUUUUUUACAUGUAUUUUCUCUACCGAAGUAACUAGCAGUGAUUUCUAUUCACUGACACUGUGCUGUCUUUGAACAUUUUUCCCGGGGGUAAAUGCCAUGCACCAUACAUUGAAAAUUAAAUAAAUAAGCUCAAUGUUAAGUCUUUUAUACAAUGUAUUUUUCUCAAUGUCCAAAAAAAAAAUUGCACUUGUUUAGAGAGGGUCCUUAACAUGGUGAUUCUUUUAAUGAAAAUAUUUCAACACUGGUUAUUUGUAUUUUUAUACAGAUCUAAACACUGUGUUCAUUUUA